AUGCAGGUUAGCACCGCUUCAGUCCAUGAGGACCGAGGCCCGUCGCUUUGGGUUGUUAACAGUAUAUUCAUCGGGCUGGCGACUCUGGCCGUCAUCGCGAGAUUCGUGGCAAGAAAGCUGAAGAACUUAGCCCUGGCCGCCGAUGAUUGGGCAAUAUUUGUUGCACUGAUCUUCUAUAUCCUCGCGCCGCCAACCGUGAAGCUGUCGCUUUUGCUGUUGUAUCGUCGGAUCUUCGUAUCCUCCCGGUUCCUCAACAUUGUGUACGCUAUAGGCACAAUUAUCAGUGUAUGGGCGAUUAUCAUGACCUUCCUAGCCAUCUUCAACUGCAAACCAAUCAGUGCGUUCUGGACCGGCCAGGGGAAAUGCAUCCCCUUCAAGCAGUUCGCCGUCGGAUAUGCCAUCGUGAACAUCACCACUGACCUGGCAGUGUGGCUCAUGCCGAUCCCGAACAUGUGGAAGCUACAGCUUCCGACCGCACAGAAGGUUGCCUUAACACUCAUUUUUGUCCUCGGCCUUCUUGAUUGUGGCGCGGCUCUCGUGCGACUCCUUUCGUCGAUGCUCGUCCUUGGGAACUGGGAUGUGACAUUCGACUAUGCACGCGGAUUCAUGUGGUCCAUUAUCGAAGUUUCCCUCGCAAUUGUCUGUACCUGCCUCCCGACGAUGCGCGUUAUUUUAAAGAUUAUCUUCAGUCGAAGUUUCGCCCGAGCGCUGGGAUUCUCGAGUUUGACGCCUAGACGCCAGAGCUCAAGUAAAAGAAGUUGGCUUCGAGGACCCCAAUACAAAGAGAUUCAUGGGCCGUGGAGGGUGCGGCCUGGCGCCGAGAAUUAUCACCAUAGUGAUGUUACCACGGGUGGUGAGCGAGACGAUGGCUCUAGCAGGGCACGAGAGAUUCGAGUUUUGGAAGAGGUUAAGGUCGAGCUUCAGCAUAUCAAAGUACCCCCAAAUGCAGCGCCAUGA